AUGCGAAAAAUUUCGAGUAAAUUUUUAAUUUUCAUGUAUUCUAGUGAAGACAAAGUUUUUAGAAAAUUUCAAGAAAUGGCAGGAUUGAAAGUUACUGGAGAAUUAGAUGAGGCGACCAGAAAAAAAAUGUCACAGCGACGAUGCGGUCUCCCAGACAUUCAAAACGUUCGCGGUAUGUUUCCAAUACAAUCCUGUUUGACUAAGAGCCUACGAGAUUACUCGUUUCGCUGA